UAAACAUUUUCUGUAAGAUAACAUUUGCGAAUUUUUUUACCACCCUCCUAAUGUUUGAUGCCUAUAUAUAGACUUAGCUACUUAGUAAUCUAUGUGUCGCAACAACUAAGCAAACAAACCUAGCUAGCUAGCCAAUACUCAUUUCAUUUCGUUCCACACCUUCAUUUUUAGAUAUCUCUUUUUCUCUCCGUAUCUUUCUAGCUAGCUUGACAAUACUAUAAGAAAGAAAUGCCAAGACCGCAAAGAGAUCCAAUGGUAGUAGGAAGGAUAAUUGGAGAUGUAUUGGAUCCCUUCAAAAAAUCAAUAGAAAUUAGAAUUGCAUAUACUUCUAGGAAUCUCACCAGUGGUUGUGAACUAAAACCUUCUGCUGUUGUUGAUCAUCCUAGAGUUGAGAUUGGUGGUGAUGACAUGAGGACCUUUUACACUCUGGUCAUGGUAGAUCCUGAUGCACCAAGCCCCAGUGAUCCAAGUUUAAGAGAAUAUUUGCACUGGUUGGUUACUGAUAUCCCAGGAACAACAGGAGCAACUUAUGGUAUGAAAACAAAGCUAAAUGAAAAGAAAUCCUUGCACCCUAACUAUUUUGCAGCAUUUAUAUUCGAUAAGGAAAAUGAGAUUUCUUUAUUUUGUUUGGGCUUGCAAUGCAUCAUGAAGCACAACCUCUUAUCUAAUUGCACUUUCUUUUCUUAUCAUUCUUUUCACUUUUUCCUAUUGCCAUUUUCAAAACAAAUUUUUUGGAUUCUAGGAAUAGAACUAGUGCAUGAUUAGGUUUCGGAUAAUCUGUUUUCCAACUCGCUCUGAAAUUUAUUUCUCUUUUCUGUUUUGAAUUGGGAAUCUAUCUUCGCCCAGUUGUUGCUUUCUUCUACUUCUUCUACCUCUUGUAGAUGUUAUAUUCUUUGUGUAUCAUCAUUUUUUCAAUGGUAGUAUCUUCCUUUCUUAUCAAACAAAUGAAAGCGAAAAAAAGAAAGAAAACUACUAUAUGGUCCCAAUCUGCCUCCAAAAAUUUGAUUAACUUUGAAUAUUUUUCUUUCUGAAAGAAUAUCUGAGAAUCAUAAAAUAAAAAAAGUCGCAACAAAAGCUAUGAAUAUUUUUGUUAGUAAACGAUUCCCUUACCUUUGUUGUGAUAGCAAAAGAAUAUGGUCCAUGCCCAACUGAGAAAACACGACAAAGUGAUUCCCAUACCCUUUAUACUGAUGGUAAACAUGGGGUUAAUUAGAAAACGAAAAGUUUGAUUACACGGAAACAUUUAGUUAUAGUCCAACUUAUCAUCAAGAUACAUAUAGAUUUAAUUCCGCUCAGUUUUACACCAAAUCCAUAGACCAGUAUGUGUACAUCAUUUCAACACUAUAUAAAAUGGUGAAUCCUUCUAAGAAUGGUACGUUUCCAACGAAAACUAUGUCUAAUUUGGUGCUCAGGAAGCAUCUUGGGAUUAUUCAGUCAUUCGAAAAGUGUCACCAAGUCAUUUUUUCUGCCUUCAUAGUGUCGUUUUUUGUUGACUCAUGUGAAUCUGACUCGGUUGUACAUACAUAUUUUACAGGACAUGAAAUCGUAACAUACGAAGCACCUAAACCGACUGCGGGGAUUCACCGAUAUGUUUAUGUUUUAUUUCGACAACUUGGUCGACAGACAGUAUAUGCUCCAGGGUGGCGUCAAAAUUUCAAUACUAGAGAUUUUG